GUCAUUCUUUGUGUCCAUCUCUCGUCCUUCAAACGAAAGCUUCUGUGAAAAACUCAUUGAGUAACAGUAACUGAAUGCGUUAUAGCAGCCAUGUACAGCAACAAGGCAAUGGAAUGGAGCAGUGGUGAAAGUUCUGGCCGUGCGAAAGAUUUAGUAUGUGCGCUCACCCGAUGUGAAUCGGCCAAAUUGAAAAUAGUGGUGGGAGGCGCUUUUUUUAGCACGGAUAAAACCCUGUUGGUUCAGUCCAGUGGUUACUUCCAAGCUCUGUUCCGGUCUGGGAUGAGGGAGUGCGAACAGGAGGAGAUCCACAUCCAGGGCUUCGCCGCUCAUGGCUUCCUGAUCGCGCUGGCCGUUCUCCGAGACGAGAGGCCCAUCCUGGAUGGCGACGAAAUUGUGGCGGCCAUCGAAUGCGCCGCCUUUCUGCAACUGGCGCCUCUCAGCAAGCAUCUUGUCGACCUCAUCGACUCGAACAACUGCUUGCUCAUGUAUCACACCGCCGCCACCUUUGGCCUCAUGGACCUCUACCGGGCCGCGGCAGUCUUCAUACGGAGCAUGUACGCCGAUCUGGAGGCCGAGGUCACUAAACACCUACCUGUGGAGCUGGUCACAUACGUGGAGUCCCUUGUUCCUCCUGUGUUCGUGGCUGUCGGGGCGCACCCCACCUGCAGCCUGGAGGAAACAUCGCACGCGGCCACCAGGACCGUUUGCUACCUGGACGAAGGCGACAAGGACUGGAAGGUUCUCACAGCCCUGCCCCCGGGAGCCAGCACUUCUAUGGCCGGGGUCACCGUCCUGGACAACAAGCUGUACAUCGUGGGCGGCGUUCAGGGCGUCCGCAAGCACGCUGUGGAUUCCUGCUUCUGCUACGACGCCGACACCAGCGAGUGGAGUGUUCUCCCCGGUUUGAGGCAGCUGCGCUACGACUUCACCCUCGUGGGGCUGGACGGACGCCUGUACGCCAUAGGCGGCGAGUGCGAGGGAACCGUCAUGUCGUCGGUGGAAAGCUACGACUUGGCCACGAGGACGUGGUCUUUCGUGGCGCAUUUGCCGCGGCCCGUCUCCGGAGCAGCGUGCACCAAGACGAUGAGCCGAAUCUUCGUAUGCUUGUGGAAGCCCAUGGAGACCACGGAUAUCUACGAGUACCUCCCGGGGAAGGAUGAGUGGUUGCUUGUCACCACCCUGAUACGGCACCAGAGUUAUGGCCACUGUCUGGUGGGCCACCGGGACGAUCUCUACGUCAUGCGCAACGGGCCGUCGGCCGAUUUUCUGAGGUGUAUUAUGGACUGCUAUAACCUCACCACGGGCCAGUGGACAGCCCUGCCCGGGCACUUUGCCAACAGCAAAGGCUCCCUGUUCACAGCUGUGGUGAGAGGGGACUCUGUUUUCACGUUGAACAGGACCGUGACUCUGGAGUAUGUUAUUGAGGGGAAGACCUGGAAGCCCAGGAACCAGAUGAAGGGUUUCCCAAGAAAUGGAUCUGUGUGGACGUUUUUCCUUCAGCUGCCUAGACGAUCCGUGAUGGACAACAUCUAGGAUAGACGUGACCGGUAUUGAGACAAUACGCAAAUGUUGAUUGGACGUGAAACCGGGUUAAAAGAAAUGGGGAUGCGGUUCAAAUCACAGGAAAUGAAUAAGGGCACAACGAAUGUGAGUGAAAUCAGACACAUUUCAAAGCGGAGCAAGACUUAUUAUUUUUCAUUUGGAUGUGCUGUUCCUUGAUGUGACAGUUCCUUGAAAGUGUGACUUUUGCUUCAUGUCAAAACUGUUGCCGGGUAUGAAAGGUCAUUACAGUAGAACGUGCCAGAUCCAUGUGACAGACUGAUUAUACGUGAGUCGUACCUCUGCUGAUGUGUGACAUUUUCCAUCACUGCGCUUAGAAUUUUCCUUGAAUGUGGUGGAUGAC